UGUUGUACGAGGCAGGAUGGGUGAUGAUAGCUCAUUCUGCGUUUGAUAUAGGAUUGCCUCAGCGUUACUUCCGCAAAUUUCGCCUGGGCUUUACCGAACAAAGAACAAUUGCUGAGUUUUAAUGGAAUUUUGCUACCUCAUUCAUCUUGUAUCACUAGUGCAAUUUUUAGAAAAAGAAGAAACGUACAGAAUGUCAACCAGUGCCGGGUCUAGCAGUACAGGCGGAGUAGGAGGCGGUGGUGGUGGCGGCGGAGGUAGUGGUUGCGGUUCUGCGGGCGGUGGAAGCGGCGGUAGUAGUGAUGGUGGUAGCAAUGCCGGUGGGCGCCGCAACGGCAACGGAAAUGGUAGUGGGACGGCGGCGGGAACGGAGACAACCAUUCCGAAGCCAGAAACGAAGGAAACAAAAUCGAAUCCAAAAAUAUCUAAAGCGCUCGGAACGUCGGCUAAACGAAUCCAGAAAGAGCUAGCUGAAAUAACGCUGGACCCACCGCCAAACUGUAGCGCCGGGCCGAAGGGUGAUAAUCUGUACGAAUGGGUCUCAACCAUUCUCGGGCCACCGGGCUCGGUGUACGAGGGGGGUGUCUUUUUCCUGGACAUACACUUUUCCCCGGAGUAUCCGUUCAAACCACCAAAAGUGACAUUCCGGACUAGGAUAUAUCACUGCAAUAUCAACAGCCAAGGUGUGAUUUGUCUGGACAUUCUCAAGGACAACUGGUCCCCGGCGCUGACCAUAUCGAAGGUGUUACUGUCCAUCUGUUCCCUGCUAACAGACUGCAAUCCUGCUGAUCCACUAGUAGGAAGUAUUGCGACCCAAUAUUUACAGAAUAGAGAAGAGCACGACCGGAUCGCCCGUUUGUGGACUAAAAGAUAUGCUACGUGAUUUCUCUGCCCGAGCUGCAUUGUAUAUUUUUUAUUUGAAUUCAAACCUAUUUAUAAAUUUAACCAUAACAACAAUUCAAAUCAACCCAAAAAACACAACUUCACACCAAUAAAUAGGUUGAUUGAUUUGUAAGAAGAGACAGAAUAACUAAUAACAACGCGCGCAGCAGCAAUAGAAAACGGACGACGUGUGGAAGGGCGAACACACAAAACUGGCGUCGCCAGUCAACAGAGGAAGGACGCAGCUAGCAGAUAUGCGGGAAGCAAAGAAUCGUAGAAAUAUGUAUUUAGUAAUAUUUUUCCAAUCGAUUCAACCAACAAUCACGCCAAGUAACUCAUAAACAGAAAAAGGAAUAGUUUAAGUCAAACUCUGAUCCGCAUCUAGCCACUCGCGAAACACACACUCGAUAAAAGAGGCAAUAGGGGCAACCACCAUCUUUAUAUUUAUUUCCUCUUGCAACAUGUUUGAAUUAUAUAGGACUCUAAUCAAACCACGCGCUGGUUCCGAUCAUUGUUCGUCAGUCGUAGGUUGUUAAUUCCAAAUCCGAAGGUGAAUAAAUGCCGAAAAAAGGCAUCCAGAAGUUAGACUCACCCCGAAACCAAUGGAAUACACGUAGGUGCGCGAAAUUAUAUCCUAGCAACCGCUGCUUUUGGAUGUCGUCAUGCGAACUCGAUUGACGUGUGGGUCUGACCUAAGCCGAAGAAGCAGUAGGUUCACAAAUAAACAAAGUGAGCUGAGUUUUUGAUCAUGGA